UUCCCCACCUGGACUAUCCACCUAUCAAUCGAUCUUCUCCACGAUCUCCCCGGCGAUCUCCUCAGCGAUGGGAUCCUCAAACUAUCCGUUCUUCAGCAACCGUCCCGGUAUCUGUCGGCCUCUCUGGAUAAUCCCACCGGGUCUGAAUUGGCACUCGCCGACUAGUUGUGGAUUGGAUCUCCGUCUCAGCUUUCUGGCGGCCGGCCCGCGCCACUAGUCGAUUGCCGAUUGCCUCUUCCGGAUCACCUUCCGCAGUCCGAAAAAUAAACCGCCUGGACUCAUUUUUCCU